AUGCAAGGAUCCUACAAAAAUAAUGGGCUUCCUCGCCCAUACUAUAUGAAGCCCUCCAAAAAGGGCUCAGUUUAUGACAAAAUGCCCAAACAAAUUUUUUUAACUAACUCCAGGAAAUUGACCGGCUACAUAGGCAUGCUUUUUCUCUUUGGGCUCUGUGUCUUUUUGGUAUCUCAGGAAUUCAAAACACCCAGCGAUGCAUCGUAUGAGUUGGUAGGUGCUGAUCAAAAUAAUAGACCUGGAAAGAACUCUGGCGAUAUCGGGAAAUUGGUCGACUCGGCAAAUGCCGGAGAUCUUGAGAAUGACAGGGCAGAUUUGGCCAUGAAUAAAGCGCAAAAUUCAAAAGGCGAAUAUGGCCAUGGCAUAUCGGAAGCCCCCAAAGGUGGAAUGGUAAACGAGGCCCCAAUUGUUGGCAACGACGAAGAUCUCAUUAUAGACGGGAAGACGAGAAAAAAGAUACAAGGUAGUACUUCAGGGAGCAAGGGCAAGGGUUUCAAAGCAGAAAGAGGCGACGAUGCUUCUCGAGAAGAAAAGAACUUG